AUGGGUCGUCGUCUAACACGAGUCUGUGUAGUCGGCAGCAACGCUAUCUCAGCUUUUCUUUCCUGGAGGCUCCAGGCGUCCACCUCCUGCGACGUAACGCUAGUCUGGAAAUCGGGGUUUGAGGCGGUUUCGCAAUACGGAGUGUCUUUCAAGUUUGCGGCAUCACGAGAGAAUGCAUAUGACUAUGUUAUUCUUUGCGUGAAGGCCUUGCCCGAUGUCUACGACCUGGCAGCAGUCAUUGAAUCCGUGGUUACCCCUCAACAUACCUGCAUUCUGCUCAAUACCACCAACACCCUUGGCGUCGAAUCACACCUUGAACAACGAUUCCCCACGAAUGUGGUCCUCUCGCUCGUUUCUGGUGUGGAGAUCUCGCAGAUUGGGCCCAGCGAGUUUGAGCAUUUGAACUCGUCGAAUAUCUGGGUCGGGGCUACCAACAACAAUUCGACCCUUCCAUCGGCUAUGCAAUCCGACAUGGCGGCCGCCUUGGCGAUGACCUUGAGCUCCGGUCAAGUGGACUGCAAAGUGUCGAACAACAUCAGACAAGAGCAAUUCGAGCGUAUCAUAGGGCCUAUUGCGUUUUACCCAACAAGCGUCAUGUUUGACAACGGAAACGUAACAGAACUCCUGCAGAAGGUCGGAGUACGGCAAUUGGUUACCGAUGUGAUUGACGAGCUCAUUGGUUUGGCCAAAGCGCAUGACUGCUCUUUUCCAAGCGACUUUCCUCAGAAGACAAUGGAUGCGUUGGCCGCGUCUCAGUCUCCCAACACUAUGUAUCAGGAUUUCCAGGCUCGUCGUCCUAUGGAGAUCGAGACGUACCUCGGAUCCCCAAUCAAGCUGGCAACAGAACUCAAUAUCCGCCUGCCCCGUAUCGAAACCAUCUACGCUAUUUUGCACCACGUUAAUACCACUAAUCUAAGCAAACCUCGCGAAUCGCCUACCCCGUCUGUCCAAGCUCCGCCACCCCAACCCACCCGGAUGUCCUCAGCUCCCCCACCGAGGAAUGGUCCUCCCAUGCGCCCGCCUCCUGGAAGGUCAAGCUCUGCAAUGAUGAUGCCCCCUCCUAGACGUGGACCACCCAUGCCCGGAAUGUCACGACCCCCAAGCACACAACCUCCGCCUCCUUCUGCCAGAAUGCCUCCUCGUGAGCCGUCUUUGGAGGGACUGGAGGAAUUCAGCCACCUAGUUGUCUAUGAUGACGCUGGUGAAGCUGGGCCUCCUCCCCGGAACCCUAACGGUUAUCCCGACGUCCCUCCUGGUCCUGCCCACUCGCAGUCGACUGCUGACCUGUCCUUGAGAGAACGAGAGUUGGCUUUGCGGCAGCGCGAGUUGCAGCUUCGGGAACAAGAAAUGAGCAUGAGGCGGGGACCGCCCCGCAGGAAUGCCCCCUCUAGGGCCACUUUCGAUGAGGAAGACGAGGAUGAUUAUUUCGAUCCCAUGGAUACCAGUCUGGUCCCAAACAUCGACCCGGACAAUGUGGAUAUGCUGAGCAUCACGUCGCGAAGAGCCAAGAAAUUUCCGAGUGCCAGCCAAAUACGCAAGAACCCUGAGCUUCUGUCCAAUGGCGGCGGCGGCGGCGGUCGGUCGGGUACAUUCAGCCGCUACUUUGGGGGAGGAAGAAAACGUGCCAGUGACCGCAUCAUGCAGGAAAUUCCGGGACUCCAUGAUUCCCUCUUGGAUAACCCCAUGAUGGCUUACUCGUCAAACCGAUACGGCGCUGUUGAUAGAAACCAGAUGGCUGCAGGUUCACGUACCAACUCCAUGACCACGAGUCGCAUGGGCGACUAUCCCCCGCACCCCUACCCACACAGUAGGAGAAACAGCCAUUCGCCGGCGACUCCUUACGGUGGCCCGCCUGGUCCUCGCAUGGGCCGUCCGGCCACUGCUCAGGAUCAACACUUUGGCCCUCCUCAUGGGCCCCCGAACGGCGGUCAUCCGUCUCCUCCGGGACACAUGCGGGCACCUGUUCCCAGGUAUCCCCCAGGCCAUGGUAAUGCGGUAGGCCCGCAACAAGUUGAGCAACAAAUUGGGGUGAGCAAUUCGUAUCCCACCAAGGGCACCCCAAAGGAUAGAAGUCUGACUGGAAGUGCGAGCGCCAGCGCGGGGAGUGGUGAUAGCGGCGCCAGUGCGAACCUCGAUUCCGAGAAUUCAGCCCACAGCAGCCAGAUCAGCCUCGGCGCGCAGCAAGCUGCGGCGCCUGUCCGUUGA